GAUCAACGCUACAAAUAAUCGUCAACAACCCCUUUAUCAUAACGAGGGGUAAGCAAGGGAUUUAAUUUGAGAUGUUUGCCGGGAGAGGCGCGGGCGGGGCUGCAGAAGGCGGGCCGAGAUGUACAGGAUGCCCACUCGGCACUCGACGCCACGCUUGAUCCGCCGCGGGACGCCUCCCGCACGCCGCACGAGAAAACUCGCUGAUAACGCUUUCCACAAGUGAAAAUUUCAAAACAGUGACCAUUGUUACAAUCUGUAACUAUAUCCUGACAAUCUGUGACAAACUUAUUGGAUACAAAAAGUUUUACUGAUAAACUAAACUAUUCUAAAAUGCGUAUACUGAUAAAUGGUACCGUAUGGAUGUGUGAUAGUGAUUUAUGCACAGUGAAUUCUAGUGACUUUUUGGGUUUUUUGCAAAACUUUCGUGUCGUAUAAUUGGAUUUCGAGCGAGCUCAUCAACAUGGGGCAGCGGAAUCGACGGGAAAAGCAGAAAGGAAAGCGAGUGAGGGUGUUAAGGAGAAGUGAAAGGCUGGAUGGUGCACCUAAUGAACACGUACCAGUAGACCAGGCGACACAUGCAGCACCUCGCAUACCUGGAAGAUGUGGACCUCACUCAUGCGAAGAGGAGAAGGUCUGCGUGCCUGUCAAAGAUAGUCCAGAUCAACACUACUGCGUUAAAAGCAAACAGGGUAAAUGUGAGAGGCAUUCUUGUGCUAAUGAAGAAGCUUGUGUGCCUGUACCUAAAACCAAUGGCACAACACUGCAUUAUUGCUUAUGUGUUAAUGGAGGUGAACCGCCUAGUAAAGACUUCAAAUGUCCAAGGAACACAGUGCCAGUAGUUCUGAAGCCAGUCCUGAACGUCCAGCCUCCGAGCAGCACUCGGAACAACUCAGACGGCGCGAGGUUCACCCUCUCGCCAACGGGAGAAGUGCCCAACUCAUUGAUCAGUGACGUACUGCCGGAUUCAGUGGGAACAGCGGGUACCGAAACAGGGGUGUACAGUGGAACCGUUAGCAACAAUUCAGCUCUGCUAGCUGCCAGCGCUAUCGUGGGGGCUCUCAUGCUAGUCAUCGUGUUCGCUCUGGUGGUCAUAUGCUACCUCAGAAGACGGAUAUGUGUUGUAGCAGGAAAAGGCCAACCGCGUGUGCGACCAGGAGAACCUCUGCUUGCUGAACGGUAUAUAACGAACCCGCAGUACGGAGUGUGCGGCGCAGGCACGGCGGCGGCCCCGGCGCCGGCGACACCCGCGGCGCUCCCGGCUGUCACCACGGACGUAACGGAUGACCAAGUUCCGCUUUUGGACAGAAACGCUUUAACCUUCCUUGAAGAAGUCGGCGAAGGAUGCUUCGGGAAAGUUCAUAAGGGGUUGCUGCGUCUGGAAAAUGACGAGCAGGUGGUCGCAAUUAAAGUUCUCAAAAAGAGCGCUGGUCGUAGCGCGGAAGAGGACUUUGUGAGAGAAGUCUCUAUUAUGUCUGCAUUCCGACAUUCGAAUAUUUUAAGCCUAAUUGGAGUGGUACACAGAGAAGACACCGACACAAGCCCAUGGAUGGUGUUUGAGUACAUGGAAUGGGGAGACUUGGCCGGCGUGCUGCGCGGCUGCCGCGGCGGCGGGCGCGCCGGUCCCACGCUGGACGACGCCGCUCUGCUGCACGUGGCGUUACAAGUAGCUCACGGCAUGGAGUACCUGGCUUCCCGCCGUUUCGUACAUCGUGAUCUCGCCGCCCGAAACUGCCUCGUUGGAGCUAAUCUCACUGUCAAAAUCGCCGAUUUCGGAAUGUCACGCGACGUAUACACCUGCGACUACUAUAAAAUGGGUGGCGAGCGGCCCAUGCCAGUGCGAUGGAUGUCCCCCGAGAGCAUAGUUUAUGCCAGGUUUACCCACGAGUCAGACGUGUGGUCCUACGGCGUAGUCCUCUGGGAGAUAUACAGCCGCGGCAAACAACCGUUCUACGGACAUACUAAUUUCGAUGCCUCAAAACUUAUUCUCCAAGGUAUUGUUCUAGUGCCUCCGGAGAAUUGUCCACGUUUCGCGUGCGAACUGAUGCGCGGAUGCUGGAGGACGGAUCCGCGGGAUAGGAUAGGAUUCGAAGAGAUCUGUAGAAAAUUGGAGAUAGCUGCGUCGGCAGGUGGAGCAACACAGAUACGGCUACCGCGACCGCCACCGCCUCCGCAGGACUCUGCCGGAUACUUGAUCCCCGCGCCGCAGCCGCCAGUGGACUACUUGGCUACGAUUCCCGACCCCGAGUCGAGCGAGGAGGAGGACGAGGACGACGAGUACACGUGACGAGGCGCGGCGGCCGCCGCGAGCCCGGCGGAAGCCCGCCCCUCGGCGCCCGCGUCGCAGUACGUGCCGCGCACCUCGCCGCCCGCCGUAUCCGCUCUCACCUUCUCAUUUCUGCCCCGAACCACCGUCGCUCAUUUCGAAUGUUAAAACGGAUUAGCGUGAGACAAAGGACGUCUAGGAGACUCGAUGGAAUAAUACUCAAUUAUAAGUACCUAUAGUGUGAUAUUUCCAUAAUAAUUUGUAGCCAAAAUGUUCAUAAUAAUUAAGUAUAAAACAAACGGUGUUAAAUAAGAUUCCGUAUUUUCGGGAAUCGCGAGGAAUAUGUGACCUAAUUAGGACUUACCGUGGUCAGACUAAGAGACAUUACACAUUGACGAUUACGCGAAAAACUCCAAAUUUCGGAAAUAAUUGUUUUUGUAUUGAUUAAGGCUAAGACUUUAAAUUACCUAUAUGAAAAGAAUUCUUAAGUGUUGUGCCAUAUCUACAUAU